AUAAAAAAAUAUAUUACAUACGAGGUAACACCAAAUCCCCUCAAAAAAUAACUAGAAAGGAAAUAUUUACAUCACAUAAAAAAAAAAUAAUCAGGUUACAAUGACACAACAUAACGUGACGGGCUAUCACUGUCUCCAAGUGGCGAUUCUCGGGGACCUAUAAUGACAAAUACAUAAUUCAUUAUGUCUCUAACACAGCCUGAGUAUGUAAUGUAUGAAUGACAGUCUUUAUGUUAUUGUUUUUACGUGAUUAGUGACUUAGGUUGCCAGGUGGUAAGGUAAGGUAUUGUUGGCACACCUGUUAUAGGGCCUUAGUCUGGUGGUAUAUAGUUUUGGCACCGUCGACCGCCCUCAACACUGCUUACCUGGCACUCGUACAUAACACACUCCCUCUCGUCCAUUCUCCCUUCCCUUGUGUCGUGACGUUUUGAGUGGAGAAUUUGCAUUUUGACUCGAAUAUUUUCCAGUGUAGCGUUAAAAAAAAAAUCUGUUUUGAGUAAGAAAGUUGCAAUAAGCGUCAGGUAGAAACAUUUGAGACGUGAAAACUUUCUGAUGGAGAAGAGUUUACAUGACCUCCCCACGGCAGCGUCCAGUGAGCGAGAGACGUCACCAGGUACCCUCACUCGCCUGAAACUCUUCACCAAGAAGCUUCGUGGCCUUACUCUCUCACCAGUGACCAGACAAGUGGUGUGGUCGGUGUGUGUGGCAGGUGUCGCUGUGGCCUUGGGGGUAGUCCUCUCCUUCCCUGCUGUGGCCCUAGACUCCUGGGCGCAACACAAAGACGUUCUCCUCACCCAGAACCAAGCGGGAUGGUUCGCAAGCGUAGUCCACCUUAUGUCUAUCCCGGGUUCCAUUUUGGGCGGGGUGUUGAUGGACUCUCUGGGGCCGCGACGCCUCCUCUUACUACUCCUGCCGGGGUUGACAGCUUCCUGGCUCCUUAUCCUCCUCACAACACAUGACCCCAUCUUGUUGAUAGUAGUCCGCGCCCUACAGGGUGUGUUAGGGGCGGGAUGUGUCGUGUCUGUGUAUGUAUACCCGUGUGAGGUGAGCGAGGCACAUCGACGCGGGGUGCUGGGUGCCCUGCCAGACACUGCCUUCUCUCUGGGCUUCCUACUGACCUACCUGCUGGGUGCCGUCACACAUUGGUCCACACUGGUGCUGCUCGUCCCUCCCUGUGUCUUCCUCCCGUGUAUCAUCGCUGUAGCCCUCGUCCCUGAGUCACCCUCCUGGCUGUUACAACAUGGAAAACAUGAAGAAGCAAGAGCUGUGUUACUUCUUGCACGAGGACCUGACUGUGAUAUCGAAAAUGAGCUCCUGACGGUGAAGAUGAAGAAACUUGAUAACAAUGAUUACGACGGGCCUGUAGGUUGUCCAAGGUUUCUAAUAACACAGCCGAGAUAUUUAUUGCCUGUCCUUACCGCCAUUACGUUAAUUAUCCUCAAGGAAUGUACUGGGCAGAUAGUCAUAGUAUUGUCCGUGGUUCGUAUUUUCAAGACAGCGAAAGCGGGAGUGUCGCCUUACUGGUGUUCUGUGCUGGUGUGCUGUGCGCGCGUCGUGGCCAACAUGACCAGUUAUCCUCUCCUGGUUCACUAUCAGCGCCGCACCAUCCUCUCCGUUGCUGCUGUUGUCGCUGGCUUCUCUAUGAUGCUCAUUGCUUAUUUCUUUUAUUCAUCAACAUCUGGGUCUUGGCCAAACUGGGUGCCUGUAGUGUCUUUGCUGUUGUUCGUAGGGGCAUACGGGUGUGGGGUAGGUCCUGUAGUUUGUCUCUUGGCUACGGAGAUAAUGCCUGGCGCUGUGAGGGGUCUGGGUAGUGGCUUGUCUUGCGCUGUCCUCUACAUUAUGCAGUUUGGUUUCAUAUUUUUAGCCACUAAUGCAGACUCCAACCUCUACAUAUACUUCUGGGUUUAUGCAGCUGGGUGUUUUAUCCUCGCUGGCUUCACUUCACUCCUGCCAGAAACCCGAAAUAAAAAACUAGAGCAAUUGGAGCAGUUUUGGCAAGACGUGAGACUCCAACCACCAACACACACUCGCUGGUGUAUGUGUCGUCCCGUGGCACACCAAUACACCCUUGCGGAAGAUAAAAACAACAAUAAUAAUAAUGAACACUUAAUAGGUUCAUAUAAAAGCUACGUAAUUGUAUGAAUCUAAAAAAUAACUGUUAAAUUGCGGUGCUCUCGAAAAGGCCGUUGCGAACAGUCAUAUUUUGUAAGCGACCUUCUUCAACACUGGUGAAGUUUUGAAGCCCUUGUAGGACUCUGAGCUUCACCAAGGUGUAUACGGGUUCAGAAGAUAAUGUAAGGAAUUAGGAUGAAAUAUAUCGGCAAUUAGACAAAGAAUGUUGAUGACAGCAUUCAUUAUUACUUGAGGCAGUGGUCAGGAGUGAUGUACCUCUGAAUGACGGACCACCCUACUCUGCCUAUACGCACUGUCAGCAUUUACUGAUAUUAAGCGUUGCUGACUGAUCUUACCUAAUUCCCUUUUCCUAGUCCAGUGGGAAGCUGUGACCAACAGUACUUGAAACUACUGUCUUACACUCUCAGGGCAAUACCUAAUGUUCACGUCUUAAACAUUGAUUUAGUUUUAAUGAAUCACUGACCUGGACAUGAUAUGAGAAACUGCUGUCAUGUGUGGAUUAAGAAUUAAUAACCCUGAGCCGGCUAUCAUCUGUAUGACCAAUACCAGAGUCUAUACAAGAGUUAGGAAUAAGAUCAACUGAAGAUUAGACCAUAGCUUAUUUCACAUUAAAUUUAACUACUCUAACGCUAACCUAGCCUAAUGUAAACGUAACCCAAUCCUCUAGGUAUCGUUGGGGUGUUUAAUCAUCAGGUGAAAUAAACUGGGGGCAAAUCAUCAGGUUCUACAAAAAUUAGCUUAGUUGGUCAGGUAGUGAGAGAAACUAUAUACAAUACGAAUCUUAAAAAAUAGAGUAGUUUAUCUGAUGAAUAUUCCGUUUUCUUUUAAAGAGUUAAAAAUAUAUAUUUUGGUUGGGUAACUAAAGUAAACGCUUAUUUUUCUUUAUGGGCUUAAAUUUGUUUAUAUUAGAGACAUAAGUGUACCAAUAGUUUGUAUAUAUUUGUAAAAUUUACGUAAAAUACAAGUGAUUUAUAUAAUCCAUAAAAUAAAAGUAAUUCCAAUGA